AUGUUAAAGGAAGUCUGCAGUCUGGGGACAGAAAACAGUAGGCAGUCUGUAGUCUGGGGAGAAAGAACUACAGGAAGUCUGGAGUCUGGGGAGAGACCUACAGGAAAUCUGGAGUCUGGGGAGAGACCUACAGGAAAGAGACCUACAGGAAGUCUGCAGUCUGGAGAGAGACCUACAGGAAGUCUGCAGUCUGGUGAAAGAGCCCAACACCGAGCUGGUGGGGAGAUAAAGCACCCUACACAGAGCAAGCAGUCUGGAGGAGAGACCUAGAGUG